UGCCACGCGCGUGAUAGGAAGAGCCGCCUAGUUCUUGACUCAUUCAAACUUUUUUGUAAACAUUGGUUUGGUUUUUAUCGUGGAAAGACGUGUUUCUGUGUUUGUGAGACAUCAAGAAGGUAGUGACGGAUACCGAUACUCGACUGGACCGGGUAGUUUCUGAGUUUGGUUUUAGUUUAACAGCUUCUUCGGGACGGUGUUCGUACGGUGAAAACUAGCUAGCUACUCCGUGGCCAUUUCUCAACGUUGGAGGGGCGUGUUGGAGUUAGCAAACAAGAUAACUUUUCAUGGGAUGCUAACAUACCUUUAAGCGUCUCACUGUACCUUUUGGACACUUUUUGAAUCGAUACCUUUUAUUUUAAGGUAGUUAGAAGUUGGCUAGCUUUGUGGUUAUUUGCCACCGAAAACGGUAGCGGGGGUCCAACCGCGUGAUUUUCCCGUCGACGACGCCGGGGUUUAAAUCCUGAAAAUGUCGAGCUACAGCCACCAUCGGCACGGAUCUCCGUCUCCUAAAACUUUGCCAAUCCGGCAAAAAUUACAGUUUACAUCCAGCGACGGGGAGGACGAGCCCAUUGAGGACGUUAACAACAGCACCGGAGGAGAGUCUGGCUUCACGGAGAUGGACUCCCCGAUGCCAGUGCGACGGGACACCGUCGACAAACGUCUGGAGGGCAGCAGCAGCCCCACGAACCAGUCCUGCGGGGACGAUGACGUGGAGCUGUGGGACGAGGAGAGCUUCGGUUCUCCGUCUCACCUGCGAUCACCGAGCAGCGUUAUCUUCGCUAACUGCUCACCGUCGCCGAGGAAAGCAUCUCGGCUGUACGGAGGAGGAUCACCGGACCGGUCCUACGUCCAGGACGACGGAGAGGCAUCCAGCUCCCCGAUCCCAGACUGCCCCGACACACCUCCACAUAAAACCUUCAGAAAACUUAGACUUUUUGACACACCGCACACACCAAAGAGUUUGUUAUCCAAAGCCAGGAGCUCCGGCUCGGGAUCCUCCAGCAGGAGAGUUGCCCUGUUCAAGAAUGUGGAGCCUUCAGGAAAGUCGAUCACAGACAGCAGCCGGAGACAGCAGACCCCUCUGGUCAACUUUAACCCCUUCACCCCCGACUCCCUCCUCAUCCAGUCCGCCACACAGCAGAGAAACAGGAAGAGAGCCCACUGGAACGACUCUUGUGGAGAAGACAUGGAGGCAAGUGACGGUGAGGGAGAAGAGGAAAUAGUGCCACCAUCAAAGAGGAUCACCAUGAUGGAGAGCAACAUGAUGUCCAGGUACACCUCCGAGUUCCUCGAGCUGGAGAAGAUCGGCUGUGGAGAGUUUGGUGCUGUGUUCAAGUGUGUGAAAAGACUUGAUGGCUGCAUCUACGCCAUCAAGAGAUCAAAGAAACCUCUGGCAGGAUCCGUAGACGAACAGAACGCCCUGCGGGAGGUGUAUGCCCACGCCGUGCUGGGCCAACAUCCCCACGUGGUGCGUUACUACUCUGCGUGGGCCGAGGACGACCACAUGCUCAUCCAGAACGAGUACUGCAACGGCGGCACGCUCUCCGACGCCAUCGCAGAGAACUACAGGCGGCUCAGCUACCUGUCGGAGCUGGAGCUUAAAGAUCUGCUGCUGCAAGUCACGCGAGGACUCAAAUACAUCCACUCCACGUCUCUGGUGCACAUGGACAUCAAGCCCAGCAACAUCUUUAUUUCACGGAAGUCUGUAUCCAACUGCGAUGAAUGUGACGACGACGAAGGGAUGACCACCAGCGUCAUCUACAAAAUAGGUGAUCUCGGUCACGUGACACGAGUGAACAAUCCACAAGUGGAGGAAGGUGACAGCCGAUACCUCGCCAACGAAGUCUUACAAGAGGACUACAGUAAGUUGACGAAGGCGGACAUCUUUGCUCUGGCUCUGACUGUCGUCAGCGCCUCGGGGGCCGAGCCUCUUCCCACCAACGGAGACAAAUGGCACGAAAUCCGACAGGGAAAACUGCCCGCCAUCCCUCAAGUGCUUUCUGCAGACUUCAUCAGUCUUCUCAAGCUGAUGAUCCACCCUGAUCCAAGUAGACGGCCGUCAACGUCCGAGCUCAUCAAACACCCCGUGCUCCUCACAGCUGCCAGAAUGAGUGCCGACCAGCUCCGAGUCGAACUCAACGCAGAGAAGUUCAAGAACGCGCUGCUCCAGAAAGAGCUGAAGAAGGCCCAGCAGGCUCGGGCUGCAGCAGAGGAGAAGGUUUUGUCCACCGACAGGAUUCUGACCCGCUCCACGGUCCAGCCGCACGCCAGAACCUCCAGACUCAUCGGCAAGAAGAUGAACCGGUCGGUCAGCCUCACCAUCUACUGAGACUUUAGCCCACGCUAACAGGAAGUGAAACACGGAGGCUCAUGGACCUUAAAAAAUAAAUAAAAAAUAUCAUAAACCCAGUCAGAUGGGGCGCCCGGUAGCUGGUAGAGCGGCCCAUGUGCUGAGGCUGAGGCCUUACCGCAGCGGCCCGGGUCUUGAUAGACUCUCAUUGCCAACAUAGUUCAGCCCUUUUUUCCCUAAUGGACUUUAACUUAGGAAAAAGAAAAUGUCAUUCCUAAAAGGUAGUUCCUUUACCUUUUUAACACUCUGUCAUUCCUUAAGUUUAGCAUAGGCGUCUGGCGCUCUCUCCGUUUCUGUCCUUGCACUUCCCUCGACAAAGCCGAAGCCUGUUGGCAGCGGAUCGAAGCUGCAGUGAAGCUCUCUUCAGUGUGAAUGUACUUGCCGUGCGCACCUUACUGCCUGUCAAAUGCCUGAUGCUGGGUACCAGAGGGUCUGAGAACUGAUGAUUUCUGUGUUUGUAAUGGAGCACUUUGGAGGCAACAUCUGGAACUUGCCACAUUUUUUUUGUUUUUAAAGAGGAAAAAAAGUAAAAACCUGCUGCUAUUGAUGUUUUGUGUGUAUCAGGGUUUGGCCAUUUCAGGUUGGAUCGUUCUAGAGGUCAUUGGCUCUUAUUUUGAAGUAGCAGGAGUCCGUUUCCCCCCAAUUUUAAUGUUCAUUCUUCUAGCCGGAUGGAGAAUGGAUCAUGCCAUUUGAGGAAAAAUCAUCCAUUUCGUUUUGGAGUUCCAAAACCUGUAAGCUAACUCAUUAUCUGUGAGGUUAGAACUGAUCCAUAGUGUUUUAAUUUCCCCUCGGUGCUGCCAACCCUGCCUGUAGCAUUAGAACAAUCAUUGUCCUGUUCUUUACGUUCUCAUGUGUUCUGUUGUUUUUCUUUGCCACACAACGCUCAACUGUUUAGAAAAGUGUUCUUCAUCUUUUUUUGUUCUUGUAACCUCUAACACAAAACAGCAUUUAUGUUGUUGUAACCUUGUACAUAUGUUCUUUUAAUAAAUUCUCACCAUCUACACUUUG